CCUCAUCACUGGUGGCUGUUCUUUGCUAUUUUCAUCUUCAAGCGCCCAGCGACCCGCUUAAGAGCAUUCUCACCCCAUGGCACUAUAUGGAUCUCCGAGUCGACCCCAGAACUCAACCAUUCAGGUAUCGUACGCACGCGCCACGUCCCGUGUUGCAGACCUAGCCAGGUACCGAAUUCAGCAUGUCCCAGGACUCUGGUUCAGGAGUCCUGCAUGGGCCUGAAUUCCUCCUAUCUUGGCCCGUAGGUUCUGUCCUCUAAGCGCAGAGUGAGUGUAUCAAUGCAAGGUCGGGCCAAUAGAACCGGACUCUCAUCAAACGCCAUGUUAGAUAUCUCAUGUCUAGGAGAUCUACGUUGCAGCUUUUGGUCUUCUAAAUUGGGGCCAUAUCAUGGCAAUAUCCCCUCUUGGUGCUUAUUCCACGCCUGUCUUUUGUCUUGAAAUCUCAAGGUUCAUGGCUUCAAAUCAGUGACAUUUGUGCCUGCGCGAGCUGUCGUUAACUCACUCUUCACGCUUAUCUGAAAGGACUUUUUCACCACACAAGAUCGUACCCGUCAAACAACUUCGGACAUGUCUCUUUCAAGUGAAUCUCCUAGUUCCUCAUCAGCAGAUGAUUUGCCUCCUUCCUCCUUCGAUGGAAGCCACCUGCCAUGGAGUGCGUUUCGACAAGAAGUACUUGUCUCCCACGGCGUCCGAAUCCUCGACAGCCCACCCAAGGAGUGUCUCCCGACUUCAUUCCUCAAAAUUGUCGAAGCAGCACACGAGGGCACACCGCGAUUCGACAACGAAAAGUCUUCAUUCUGGGACCAGGUGAUGACUGGUCGAGGAUUUGGCCCGUCACCAUUGUUUCCGCCAACUCUACUUCCACCGCUUGAGAAAGUAUCACGCCUAGCUCGGUGCAUGGUACCGUCUUUCAGCCGAGAGGCAAUGCCCGAGAGGGUCGUUCACCAACUUGGACCCCUUUACGAACUAUCCGUCCCACGUCCUGGACUCGGAUGCGGCUUUUCAACACAUGCUUUCACAACAAAGGAAUUGGCUUCUCUGCCUCACUGGCUCCAGGCAACUGGCACUACAGUGCAUUUCGAUACUGGUUUUGUGUCUCCAGGAGCUACAAUGUACUGUCCAUUUCUUACGUUUGAACGAGCAUAUGGCAACAAACAACACCAGGUCGAGUCUGCAAACAAUCACUGUGCUGUUGCGGGUGCGUUCAGUGCUCGCGCGCUCCAGAUGCUCUAUGCAAUGGCGUGGAAAGGUGAUAUGAUGCCGGAAUUGCCGGUAGCCUUCUCAUGUACGAUCGACAACAGCUUCGCCCUGCUCAAUCUCCAUUGGAUCGACCACGGACAAGCAUACUGUAUGGCGCCCGUGUGUCAGUUCGACCUCAGCAAGCAAGCUCACUUCGAUAAGUUCUUGGCCUGGAUCCAAGGCAUUGGUGAAUGGGCGCUUGGCCACGUCUUGCCUCUCGUCAAACAAGCAAUUACUCGUCUCCAGACAGCCAAGAGCAUUCCACCUACCCCGGGGGUGCCCAUCAGGCUGAGGAUAGAUACAAAGAUGAACAGCAACGAGCUCAUCAUGUCAUCGUUAAAGACCGCAUUUGACAACAUCCCAUGGCGAUUUGACGACGAAGACUAUACACCAAGCUGCAGCAGUACGGCUAGUUGGGGAAGCCCCAUGGUGUCGGAGGAGACUUUUCAGACCCUGAGUUAUCCGGCAGUUCACCCACCACGAAGCAACACUAGGGAGCCGCCAGCUCCUGCUCGUAGAGGCGGCGCAAAGACCAACCCUAGCCCUGCUACUCCGCCGCCCUCGUAUCUGCAGAAUCAGGACAUUGUAUGGCAGAAGCGCUUUGGUCACGCGAUGGAUGAGAUUCGAGAACUCCAACAGCAAAUUUCGACAUUGAAAAGGGAUUUUGAUUCGGCCAUGAUCAUGCUCCGUGAUCAGAUUACUUCCAUCAAACGUAGCAGCAAGGACAGUUCACCGUCAACUCCGAAGGGUGGACCCUCCACUCGGGUGACGGAUCAUUCGAUAAACUCGUGUCCCCUUACGCCCUCCUAAAGGCUGUGGUUGUUCUGAUUUCAUGAUAGCAGACUGUUUGGACUGUGCGCACAGGGUCAGUGAUCGAAUAUGCUCGAGAUGAACGCUAAGGCCAAAAGCUUAGAAUGGGUAAGAACAUCUUUUUGGUGAGGUUUUGGUAUUGUAGAAUCUGGUAUCACGCUGCAAGUUGUCUCCGGCCUUGUCCCUGGCCUCGUUACAUUAACGCCAAUAAAUGCUUGACCGGUAUUUGAACAUCCUCUACCGUCUUGCAGUUCUUAUACACUUUUUGUUUCCGCCAUAU